CGUAGCGUACCUUCUACAAACAACAAACAUUGAUUUGACGAGCCGCUGGACGAGACGGAGCGAUCUUCAGAUUUGCAUUUUCCAUUUCUUGACUUUAUUGAUACAUUCAUUUCGUUAAUUUAUUCAUUUAUCAAUACAUUUUCAUCUGAAUUACUCAGUGUCAUAAUUUUGUCUGGUUUUAACAUUUCUUGUUUUUAACGUAUUCUCAGUCCGUGAGUUGUUAUUUUCACAGGUCAGAUGACAUCGUUCAUCGGAGGAAGCUCUUGUGGAGCUGGCGUACCGAGGGAUCAGAUCGCCUCGUUGUUCGUGGGGGACCUUCAUCCAGAAGUGUCCGAGUUCGUCCUCCAUCAGACGUUCAGCCCGUUCGGUCCGAUCCAGUCCGUGCGGGUCUGCAGAGACAGGGUGACUCGGCGAUCCCUGCGGUAUGGUAAUGUUAACUUUGUUAACCACGCCAAUGGUAAGUUAUCUCUCCGUUCUUCACCUUGACAUCUUGGUAAUAAACAUUUGAAUUUGAAAUUUCAGUCUUGUGUAUUUUUCUCCUCGAUGUUGUUUCCUGUAAAUCAUCUUUCAAUUAAGCUAUGUGAAGUGUGCCGUACAAACAAAUUUGCUACGUCUUGUCUCUUAUCAACUCUGUCUUUCAGCUGAGAGCGCCAUGGACAGCCUUAUGUGUCAGGAUCUUCUGGGCAGACCCAUGCGGAUCAUGUUCUCCCAGCGUGAUUCCACUCUGAGGACGACUGGGGUCGGGAACAUCUUCAUCAAGGGUCUGGCCAGCAGCAUCGAUGGUGGCAGCCUUUAUGACAGCUUCUCAAUUUUUGGGAAGAUCCUGUCCUGCAAGGUGGUCUGCGAUGCACAUGGAUCCAAAGGUUAUGGAUUCGUCCACUUUGCCACCUUUGAAGCGGCAGAGAAGGCCAUCAAAGCGCUUGAUGGCAUGUUGUUGGACGACCAGCUAGUGUCCAUUGGCCACUUUAAAACCUUUCAAGAGCGUCAUGUUGAGCAGCAGGUCAUGGCUCAGGACAAUGAGAGGCACUACCCGGUGAGUCUGUACGUGUGUAACCUGCCCUAUAGCUUCAGUGAGCAGCAGCUGUACAGAGCGUUUUCACCCUUUGGAAGCAUCAUCAGUGCCAAGUUGAUGAAGGAGGCCGGACGCAGCCGAGGCUUUGGAUUCGUCAGCUUCUCCACCCUCAACGAUGCGACCACGGCCGCGUCUGUCAUGAACGGGCGAGUGGUUGCCGGCAGGGCGUUGCGGGUCACUCUGUCUCGUCACAAUGAGCAGAAGACCCAGGCUGAGAAGCAGGACAGCAGCAGUGAAUCGCUUCCUGCUGGACGGUUUACGUCUGCUGUUCCUCAAGUUCAAAAACGCCUUGACGUUCAGCCUGAAAACCAGCUCGCGCUCCAGCCCGUCAGUCGACAGACAGCAGCGUGCGACCUCGCUCAGAGUCAGUAGCCUCUUCAUAUCUUACUCAUUCUGUAAAUGAUGCUUCGUCAGCCCCUUCGUAUUCACAUUAUUAUUCACUCCCAAGUAUUUAUAGAGGAUGUACAUCUUUCCAUGUCUACAGGUGAGAGUCUCCGCCCACCGAUGCCUGUCGUCCUGUGGGAUGAUGUUCGUACUCGGCCUCAGCGCCUGCUGGUCUCUCAGGUGCUUCUGGAAUACCGGGUCAGUGCUCACGCAUCAUGCAUCUGAUCUCACUUCGACCACUUCUAGA